AUGGCUCCUGAUACCUCCAACCGCCACAGCUGCUGUCCCUCCCCCUUUCCUCUCCGCCAUGCUCGACCCGUGAACCCCCGACUCUCCGAUCCACUUCCUCCAUACCCCUCCACGUCUCUCCCCGCACACCUGCUGUGUGUCAUGAGCAUGCGCGCGCUGGCAGCGCUGACAGCAGCGUCGCGGGGGGAGGACCGCAUGGGCGUGGCGCAGAUGGCGGGCGCCAACGCCGCGGCGCUUUCCGCGCUGCUCUCUGCACUGCUCGCCCUUGACUCGCUCCUCCUCUCCCCCUCCCACCGCCACCCCGCCGCCCCCCGCCACCUUCUCUGGCUUUGGGGAAGCUUCCUCGCAAGCGACUCCUCCAGGUAUGGAGGUGCUGCAGCAGGUGGUUCGGACGUACCAGGCGAGGGAGCAGGGGGCGGGGCGGUGGGGAGAGCUGUGUACAGCGAGGGGGUGGUGGGGCCGGUGUGGGGCGAGGCAUGGGCCAUGGCGGAUGUG